AUGGCAAGGCACUCGCACAAACCAAAGUCUUUCUUUCCUGUGCUCGUACCGACGCCCCGAACCAGCCGUUCCCGUCCCCACGCCUUCGCCGUGCAGGCCAUUAUGCCACGGCGCCGCGCCGAUUCGGACGAGGAGUACAUCCCUCCGACGAAGAAACGCAAGCUCGAAUUGGAGGCCGCGAAACUCGCACGGGCCCAGGCGAGGCAGCUCGAGAGGCAACAAAAGAUGCAAGCCCGCGUACGCGCCGCGAAGAAAUCUCUCGGGCUCUACGACAGCUCGGACGGCUCGGACGCGGAGUCCUCGGACGACGAGGGCGCAGAGCUGGAAGGCCGCUACGACUUUAUGUACCACGUCCUCGACGCGGUCGUCUCCAACCCCGCCACCAGCUUCCAAACGAUGCUCCGCGUCGCCGACACCGUCCCCGAGCUCCGCGAGACCAUCUCGCAGCUGCUCGCGCGGAGACGCCAAAAGUGCACCAAGCCAGCGUCGCCCUUUACUGGCCCCACCAUGAUGCCGCGCGGCGCCAAGUGCCCCCUGUGCCUGGGCGGCACGCGCUCAUACAAGGUCUGCGUCCACCCGCUCUUCAACACGGCCCCGCGCAUCGGCAUGCCGGAGCUGAUCUGCACAACAUGUCUGAUGGAGAGGGCAGGGCCGUGGGCCAUCAAAACCGCGCAAGCCCUGGACGAGGAGUUCGCGGUGGAAGCCUCGGAGAUCCAGGACCUGCCGAGGUACGAGGGCGCGCUCGGCCGGAGGCGCGGGACGUACUACUUGAUGGCUGACGUCAGCGACGUGGUCUCGCACGAGGAGCGCGAGCGUCGCGUGGACGACAGGAAGAUGGCGGAGCAGUACAGGAUGAAAAUGUCGGACAGGAGGGCGGCGGCGCAGGAGGCGCGGCGGGGGAAGCUCAGGAAGCACCUGGCGCGGCGCGGCCUGGAGAUGCCUGAGGUGCUGCCGCAGCGCUGCACCGCGUACGUGAUGCGCGGGUGGGGGAGUCUGAAGCUGUGCAGGGCGGAGGUGAAGGAGGAGAUGGGGGGCGCGGGGGGGUCGGACGCCCCGGCGUGA